GACUGCGGAUGACUGCACAUCGGUACAUGUGUUUCUGUAUUUAUCGUUCCUCGGUGCCAAACGGAGUGUAAAUUCCCCGGCUCUCUGUUUUCUGUGAAGAGUUCUGUGCGACGGCCUUUUGGACCCAUCCGGAUUUGCCUGUUGUCAGCGUUGUUCCUCCCUGUGCCACCUGGCCGAGCCGUGGGCAAGCUAGCGAGGAAGAGACGACGGAAGGACGCAACUCCGAGAUUGUCGGUGUUGGUCGGAAGUGUCCUGCUGGCGUAGGAAAUCACGAAGCUUUCGCUCCGUGCCGUUCUGCUCCGGUGUAGGUCCGCUGAGCCAUCGUGUUGUGGUGCGUUCAUCAGAACCAACCAGGCGGCAAAAAGGCAAACACGGCAACCAGCUGGUCCGCAGUAAGUCGCAGCUUCCGAGGCGCACCGGAGAAUUGAUUAUUCAUUCAGUCAGCCAGCCAGGCAGUCAUCCAGCCAGCCAGCCAACCAGCCAGCCAGGGGUUUCCCCAGUGCAGUAGAGUAGAAAGAUUUAUUCGAUUUGCUCUCGUGGUUACUCCAGGACGUCGUCGUCGUCGUCGUCAGUGUGCCGUUGUUCCGCUACUACCGGUUUCCAAGUUCAGGGGCUUGAUUCGAUUAGUAUCAGCUCGUUGAUUAUGGUUCAAAUAAUUUAAUUUCAUCCUUCGUUUUCUUUCGGUGUGUGUCGAAACACGUUGCAGCAGAGCCGAGUUGAAAAAAAGACAGUUUCGGAGUCACGCGUACUAUCGGGUUCACAAUCAACAGUUUUCUGCUCGAUCUCUACUGCCGGAUUGAUCUUUACAAUUACGAAGAAAAAAAAUCUCGACCUCAGCAAGGUACAUACUCGUGACUCAGUAAGUGCAUUUAUUCCGAGUGAUUUGAUAAUCAGUGACCCCGAAAAUUUGAACUCGGUUAGCAAACUUUGCGGUGUCAAGUGACGGAUUGUGAAAAAAUAUCGCAACGGACAGAACAAAAAAAAUUGGGUGCUGAAGAAAUCAGUCAAAGUCAUCGUCAUCUUUGCGCGCCCCCGAGCUCAACAUCAACAGGCCGGUGACUGCUUCGAAGACGAAUUUAACUCGAUAUAUCGCCAGGAAGUAAAUCGAAUGGUUACCACAAACGGACAGUAGAAAGGCGCACCGAGCUGUAUCCGUGCCGGAAUCACCGGGAAAAAGUAGUUAAGGAAAUAGUAAGUGAAAGCAGUGCGCGGAGGAUAUAACUAUAAUCCAAAAAAGAAAGAAAACAAAAUAACCGACCGUCUCCAAGCCGGCUAACCGGACCGGAACAUGGGACACUUGAAGAACAAACAGCGCCGGCACCAGCAAAAGGAAGCAGCCCUUCGACGGGAAGAACGAUUGCGGAAGCUCGAUGAGGUGGACAUCAUGAAUUUGCCACUGCGAUUAGACAUCAAGAGGCGGCUGACGUCGCGCUCGGAUCGAGUCAAAUCGGUGGAUCUACAUCCCACCGAACCGUGGAUGUUGUGCGCUCUGUACAAUGGGCAUGUGCACGUGAUGAAUUAUGAAAAUCAGCAGCUGGUCAAGGACUUUGAAGUGUGCGAUAUUCCGGUGCGCUGCGCCCGUUUCGUGGCCCGUAAGAACUGGAUACUAACCGGAUCGGACGACAUGCAGGUGCGUGUCUUCAACUAUAACACGCUGGAAAAAGUUCAUUCGUUCGAGGCACACACGGACUACGUCCGAAGUAUCGCAGUUCAUCCCACACAGCCACUGAUCCUGACUUGCAGUGACGACAUGUUGAUUAAGCUGUGGAACUGGGAAAAGAUGUGGUCUAUGCAGCGAGUCUUCGAGGGUCACACACAUUACGUGAUGCAGAUCGUGUUUAACCCGAAGGAUAACAACACAUUCGCCAGUGCUUCAUUGGACAGAACGGUGAAGGUGUGGCAGCUGGGCUCAAAUAUACCCAACUUCACUCUUGACGGGCACGAGAAGGGCGUCAACUGUGUGGAUUACUAUCACGGUGGCGACAAGCCGUAUCUCAUUUCCGGCGCCGACGAUCGAUUAGUGAAAAUCUGGGACUAUCAGAACAAAACCUGCGUGCAGACGCUCGAGGGGCAUGCCCAAAAUGUGUCGGCGGUAUCGUUUCACCCGGAGCUGCCAAUUGUGCUGACUGGUUCGGAAGACGGCACCAUUCGAAUUUGGCACUCGGGCACGUAUCGGUUGGAAACGUCGCUCAAUUAUGGCUUCGAACGGGUGUGGACUAUCGCCUGCAUGAGGGGCACCAAUAAUGUGGCACUUGGCUACGAUGAGGGCUCCAUCAUCAUUAAGGUGGGCCGCGAGGAGCCGGCCAUGUCAAUGGACGUCAACGGAGGCAAAAUUGUAUGGGCCCGGCAUUCGGAAAUGCAGCAGGUUAACCUGAAAGCCCUACCGGAGGGCACAGAAAUCAAAGAUGGAGAGCGUCUACCGGUCGCUGUCAAAGAUAUGGGAGCAUGCGAAAUCUACCCACAAACCAUUGCACACAACCCGAACGGACGAUUCGUGGUCGUUUGCGGCGAUGGUGAAUACAUUAUCUACACCUCGAUGGCACUGCGUAACAAGGCAUUUGGCUCGGCCCAGGAGUUCGUAUGGGCAUCGGAAAACAGCGAGUACGCUGUGCGGGAAUCGAGCGGUGCCGUAAAGCUGUUCCGUAACUUUAAGGAACGGAAAAGUUUCACGCCCGAUUAUGGCGCAGAAGGAAUUUUUGGUGGACAACUGCUCGGUGUCAAAACCUCCUCCGGUUUGUCGUUUUAUGAUUGGGAAAAUUUGGAACUGAUCAGAAGGAUUGAAGUUCAACCAAGACACGUUUUCUGGAACGAAGCCGGCACCCUGGUCUGCUUGGCAACUGAGGAUUCGUAUUUCAUCCUACAGGUGGACACGACCAUGAUUCAGAAUGCACUAGCUACUAAACAGCAGCUCAGUGAGGAUGGCAUUGAGGAGGCGUUUGAGGUUCUUGGUGAAGUAAGCGAAGCUGUUCGCACAGGCCUAUGGGUUGGUGAUUGCUUCAUCUACACGAAUUCAGUGAACCGAAUUAAUUAUUAUGUGGGUGGUGAGAUAGUCACCAUUUCCCACCUGGACCGAACGAUGUAUCUGCUCGGUUACGUACCGAAGGAUAACAGGUUGUAUCUCGGAGACAAAGAGCUUAACGUGACCAGCUUCGCGCUGCUACUGUCCGUACUGGAAUACCAAACAGCCGUGAUGCGGCGGGACUUUGUAACGGCUGACCGGGUGCUGCCGACGAUUCCCAAGGAGCACCGAACCCGGGUAGCACACUUCCUCGAAAAGCAAGGCUUCAAGCAGCAAGCGCUGCAAGUGUCUACCGAUCCUGAGCAUAGGUUUGAUUUGGCACUGCAGAUCGGGGAUCUCGAUACGGCUCUGGUAUUGGCACGGGAAUCGGACAGUCCCCAGAAGUGGUCUCAGUUGGCCAGUAUUGCCACCAGUAAGAACAAAUUCGAUCUGGUCAAGGAGUGUCUGACCAAUGCGAACGACUAUGGCGGUCUGCUGCUGUUGGCCACCAGUUCGGGUGACACCGAUAUGCUACGGAAUCUGGGUGACAAUGGAGUAUCACAGGGCAAGUUUAACAUCUCCUUCCUGUCAAUGUUUCUGCUCGGCGAUUUGGAAAAGUGCUUAGAGAUUUUGAUCCAGACCAAUCGGAUACCGGAAGCCGCUUUCUUUGCCAGAACAUACCUGCCGAACAAAAUCUCGUACGUGUUGGAAAUUUGGCGAAAGGAGCUGGCCAAAAUUAACGAGAAAGCCGGCCAGAGUUUAGCCGAUCCACAUCAGUACGAGAAUCUGUUUCCCGGUUUCUACGAUUCCGUUAAAACGCAACAAUUUUUGCUGCCAGAGCGAUCAGUUCUGCUGCCUGCUGGGGAGGCAAUCAAUGUUCCACUCAACAUAGACCGUAAUCCAGUGGCAGAAAUGAAAGCAGCGGAAAGUGAGGGACGGUUCGAUUACGAUCCAAGCACCAGCACGGAAGGCAAUGCACCAGCGCCGGAAAGUGCGAGUAAACCCACUACAGCGAGCCUGUUGGAUGAACCACUAAAACCGACAACCGCGACACCAGCUGCAGCGGUUUCGAUUCCAUCGUUACCCUCGCAGCAGCAACAGCAAACGAGUAACGCCACACUGAUCAAACGGAAAAGCUCGCUGGAAGACUUCGAGUCGGAAAUCGAAGCCUUGAACCUGGACGAUAAUAUCGACACUUCGGAUGUAAAUAUAGAUGACGAUCUGCUGAGUGAUUGAGAAGCACCGUGUACCCAACAGUAAAUGGCUCCCCUUAUUCGUGGUAGUGCUAGAUGAGUAUAUCGAACUUUAAUAAAAUUGAAAACAGAAGAUUUACAAUGUAAUAAAGAAUAAAAAACACAAAAAAUAAACUGUAGUAGGUGAAGAAUGUUAUUACCGUGGUAAAUUAAGUGAUUUGCCGAUGUCUGCAGGAGGUAGUAACAUAAAAAGGAAACUUAAAGUUUAAAGUUUGUGACCACCCGAAACGAAAGAGGGCUGAUAGUCGGUAAACGAAAAGUAUUGAUAGUAACCAAGCACGGUUCCCCCCUUUCUUGACACUUACCCAACCAAUAAUACAAAACAAAACAAGAGCAUGAUCGCGUGAAUGAAAACCUUUCUCUUCGAUGUGCUGGAAAGAAUGGAUGCAUAGCAUUUACCGUAGGAAAAAAAAAUUCAACAGCACUGUUGUCAGUGGUUUCCCAUUUCCGGUAGAUUUGUUUAUCUUUGCAAAGAACACAUGCAACUACUUACAUGAAUCGCCGUCGUCAACGCAAGGUCAAUGGCCUACGGUGAUGGCGGCAGAGCCAAAUGAGCGCAACUUAGGCUCCCUGUUAGUUUCCAUUUUGUUGCAACACCGGAAAAUGUUUUCUAUGUUAUCAAUUAUUAAUCUUAUGAUGUCUUUAACAUUAUUAUUACUAUUAUUAUUGCAAUCUAUAUUUUGUCUCUUUAGUGUAUCUAUAAUGUAAGAGAAAAAACAUGGAGAAUCAAGAAGCAAAUGAAAAAUAUUAAGACAUUCGAUAUAUAACAGUAA